UUAUAUUUAUUUAGGUAUCAGCUGUUUUGUAAAUUGUAAACAAUUCUAUGCACCGGUGAAAUUAAGCGCGAUCUGAUGAAAUAUUGGACAUAAACGUAUAGAAUCUGGUUUUCGAAAUGGAAAGCGAAGAGCAAAAGGAAACCGGUGCCGAUGACAUCGACUGUAGGCCUUCAUGCUCCAAACACGCCAUGCAGAAUAGCAAAGUGGACACUGAAUCCUUUGCUGAUAAGGCGUCGUCCGCAGGCGCCGAGGCACCUUCAAAAGGAGAAGAAUCUGGGUUUAAAGAUGACGAUGCAGAUUUAGCAAACGUUAUGACCGCUGAGGAAUAUUUGCAGCGCAAAGAUGUACAAAUGCUCGAAUAUGAGCGGCAAAUUUUUCUGGAUAUAGUAAAUGCGGAUGGUCUAAUAGUUUGCGCCAAAGGUUUACAUUACGACCGCGUACUAACCAAUGUGCUUCGAGUUUACAGUGAUCCCGGCAACUUAGUGCUCGUAAUAAAUUGUUCUGAUUGGGAAGAGCAGUACUAUAAAUCGAAAGUAGAGCAAAAAUAUGUGCAUGAAGUAGCUACAACUGCCACAGAGCGCGAACGUGUUUACUUGGAGGGUGGUAUCCAAUUUAUAAGCACCCGCAUUUUAGUUGUUGAUAUGUUGAAGAAUCGUAUUCCGAUCGAAUUGAUAACCGGCAUUGUGGUAAUGCGCGCACACACAAUCAUUGAAUCCUGCCAGGAGGCAUUUGCUUUGCGGCUUUAUCGCAUGCGUAACAAAAUCGGUUUCAUUAAAGCCUUCUCCAGCAGCGCUGAAGCAUUUACAAUUGGUUAUGGCCACAUAGAGCGUACUAUGCGCAAUCUCUUUGUAAAACAACUCUUUAUUUGGCCUCGUUUUCAUGCUAUCGUACAACAUUCACUAAAACCCUACGAGGCGCAAACAAUUGAACUACAUGUCCCAAUGACCCAGAAAAUGACGUUGAUACAAACUCAUCUGCUCGAUAUAAUGAAUUAUUUGGUGCGCGAAAUCAAGCGUAUUAACCGGUUGAUCGAUUUAGAUGAGAUCACUGUGGAGAAUUGCAUAACUAAGAAGUUUCAUAAAAUUCUGCAAGCGCAGCUGGACUGCAUUUGGCAUCAAUUGAACUCACAAACAAAACUGAUUGUGGCGGAUUUGAAAAUUUUGCGCAAUCUGAUGAUCUCUACAAUAUAUCACGAUGCUGUGGCCGCUUAUGCGCUAACGAAACGCUACCGCACAACAGAAUAUGCGCUAGGUAACUCUGGCUGGACGCUGCUGGACUCAGCUGAGCAGCUAUUCAAGCUAUCAAAGGAGCGUGUUUAUAAUCCACAAGGCGAAUUUGAACCUGAACCCUGUCCUAAAUGGAAAUACCUGGCUGAAAUACUUAAAGUUGAGAUUCCCGGUGACAUGAAACGUUCACAUCCUGAUUGUCUGGUGCCGCCAAAAGUGCUAAUUCUCUGUCAAGAUACACGCACUUGUUUCCAAUUGCGACAGUUUCUCACACAAGGUGGUGAGCGGUUUUUGCUUUACGCCGCUAUGCAACAUGAAAUACCAAUUGGAAAGCUGGCUGCUAGCUAUGAUAAACUGAAGAAUGUUAAAGAUAUUGCAAAAGCGCUAACACAACUUGAACAAUCUGCAGCUGCCGCUCAGGCGAAUACGCAGAAAUUCAGCAGCUCACAGAAAUCAGGGAAAGAGCCCAUUGAUGGGAUAGAUGUUGACGAUGAAGGUCAAUGCGCGCCGAUAGAUGAACUAACGCAGCUGUUGACUGGCGCUGAUGGCGAUGAGCCGCUCACAGCUACGUACUUUCAAGAAAGCUAUAUGCUGACAAUGACGCAACUUGGCGAUGGUGAUGAUACGUUCUGUGUGAUUGGCACUGAUGCGGAUGCUGGUGGCGCUGCGGCAAAUAAUGUCAAUACUUCAGUUUUUGAGCCAUUCCCGGAGCUGGAAAAUUUGGACAUCACUGCCGCUGUAGCUGCACGAAAUCAACCUCUAAUCUGCAUACAGACAUUUAAGACAGAACGUGAUGGUGCUAUGGGACUCGACCGCAUACUAGAAGAGAUACAGCCACAAUAUGUGAUUAUGUAUCAUUGCAAUGUUACUGCCAUUAGGCAAUUGGAAGUAUACGAAGCUCGUCAACACCGUCCAGCGAAACACCGUAUGCGUGUAUUUUUCCUAUUGCAUGCUCGUACCGUUGAAGAGCAGUCCUACUUGACGAGCUUGCGACGCGAAAAACAGGCAUUCGAAUUUAUCAUUGAGACGAAGCGCGUAAUGGUCAUACCUGAGUAUCAGGACGGCAAAACCGAUGAAGCUUUCAUACUCUAUAAAACAUACGCUGAGGCCGAAGGUUUGGAGGAGGCUAAUGCCGCUAGCCGUAAUGCAGGUGGGCAAGCGAGUCUUGUGCCAUUUGCUGCACCCAAAAUCAUUGUUGACAUGCGUGAAUUCCGUUCGGAUUUACCGUGCCUGAUACACAAACGUGGUAUGGAAGUGCUGCCAGUUACUAUAACGAUCGGCGACUACAUACUCACGCCAGAUACUUGUGUUGAACGCAAAUCAAUUUCUGAUCUAAUCGGUUCACUUAAUUCCGGCCGCUUAUACAAUCAGUGCAUACAAAUGCAGCGUUUUUAUGCCAAGCCUAUUUUAUUGAUAGAAUUUGAUCAGAAUAAACCAUUUCAUCUCCAGGGUAAAUAUAUGCUCUCACAGAACACCAGCUCUACCCACUCUGAUAUUGUGCAGAAGCUACAAUUGCUCACAAUACACUUUCCAAAAUUACGCCUCAUAUGGUCACCAAGUCCUUAUGCCACCGCACAAUUGUUCGAGGAGCUAAAGUUGGGUAAACCUCAACCUGAUCCAAAGCAAGCAGCCGCUGUCGGUAUUGACGAAGCCGGCAGCAGCACCGAGGAGCUAAAAUAUAAUCCCAAUAUUUACGAUUUUCUGCUGCGCUUACCAGGCGUAAAUACGCGUAAUGUACAUAUGCUAAUGCGUCAAGGUGGUUCCCUGAAGGAGUUGCUAAGGCGUACACAGGUUGAGCUCGGCGAAAUGCUUGAUUCGCAAGAGAACGGGCGCAUGUUGUGGGAUGCAUUGCAUGUGGCGCAUUUGCCCGAGAAAGAUGAGGUUUCCGGCGCAGCUGCCCUGGUUGCUGGCAAAUCUUUUGGUAAUCAUUCGCGCUUCCGGCGUGGCGCAGCGGCUGCGGUGGCGGCGCGUGGUGUGCAGAGGCGAUUCAAGAAAUGAAAUUUGAAAAAAAGAAUAUUCAUUUAUAUUUAUUUUUGUACCCAGUUUUUGGCUUUUUUAAGUGCAUUUUUAAAAAGGAUAUUUAUUGAAGAAUUAAAAUUCGUUUCAGAAUUGAAUAACUAGCCCUGAUUUGGUUUAACAUAUAGGUUAUUGUUGUUGUUGUAGCAACAGUGCUCAACCCCCAGGUUCUGUCAUGUGUCGUCAUCUUCAUUCUCUGAAUCUGCAAGCCUGAGGGCGAUGAAUCUGGUAGGUGGUGUCGAUGAGCGCAGUCCAGAGCACUUCUGGUGUCAGCUUCGUUGGGUUGGAGGUGCAUCUGAAGAGAAGUUGUGCGCUGUGAGGACCUUGCCCCCAUGCUGGGCAGGUGUUUGCCACUUCUGUGUUCAGCUGAGAGAGGUAGCUGUUAAGACGGUGGUUGCGCGUGCUGAGACUCGAUCUGACCGCAUCGCUGUGUAGGCUGUUGACAGAGCUGGGUAAAUGCAAUAACAUUACAAUUGCAAUUGCAUUUCUAAGUAAUUGUAAUUAGAAAUCAAUUCAUUCAGUCCACAGUUAGUGGAUUGAUUA